AUGGAUUCGUACACUGUUGAACACGCCAAAGAGCUCGCUGAGAGGAACGUGGAAAGCUUCUUCACUAUGAUGCCACCUGAGAACAUCAAAACCCCCUCCAACAGGGACUGGGAAAAGAUCUCCUCCUUGUACACGUUCAGCUCCAGGAAGCAGUACUACAGCACCCUGCAUCGCCACGUGGAGAGCUGGCAAGAAGAUGGCAGAGGAAUGAUGAGGAUAGCAUCAGUAAAGUCAACUAACUCUGCUGCUGUCAAUCCUGCUGUUCUGUCUUUUGUGGAUGAUGGCAACAUCACACUGUGA